AGAUAGAUGAAACUUUGCAGUCAUCAUCCUAAUCUAAAUUGAAAUAUUUAAAAAGUUGUAUAUGCUACAAGGAAAGAGGGUACCUAAUUCCUUUAUAUGAUUCUCCACCCACCAACCUUAGCUUAUCCAAGAACAAAAUAAACUUAGCUAGAUCUGCAUUUUUCAUUUGAACUACAACCAUGGAAGCUCUUAUCUCCCAAUUCACCUUGCUCUCAGAUCAAGCCUUGCAAGACAAAAACUUCGAUCCCACAACGAUCGAGGACUUGAUGAAGCUGUUCGAGAUAGAGGCAUACAAGUCAUGGGCAGCCAUGGAACUUGAGCAGGAAAGUGAAGUGAAAGAAGCAGAAAUAGCUGUGCAAAAAGCUGAGGAAUAUCUUGAAUGUGUGAUGGAAAGUGCGAUGGAUGAAUUUCGUCGUUUCGAAGAAGAAAUUGAGAAGAUGGCAGUGGAAGAAGUUGAGAGCUUAGAGAAGACUGCUGAGACUGCAAGAAAAAUGGGGAAAGUAAUGGAAAAAUCUGCAACUAUUGCUUCUAAGAAAUAUAUUGAAGCUGCUGUUAAUUCUGCUACUGCUUCAAUGAAAUCUGCCUGGAAGGGAUUUUCUUCUAAGAAGGUUCAUCCUUCUUGAGAGAUUCUGAAAUUUUCUUUUCUUUUCUUUUCUUUUCUUUUCUUCUGUUUCCCUAAUCAUGAAAGAGACUUGACUCUAAAGGGUUCUUUUUCAUUUGUAAUGGUUGUUCUUCAUUUGAAGUGAUUUUCAAUAACUGAGAAAUGUAAUAAUUCUAAGAAAUUGAAAUUUCCUCAUGUAUUUUCA